AUGGUUAGAUGGUGGAUUUUUGGUUAUGAUUGGACGCGAUAUGUAACUGUAGACAUUGCCAAAGAUUUGGAUUCUAAAGGUGUACAAAUAACUGGGAAUUGGAGGGACAAACAAUAUGGAACACACUACUACAAAGAUGGGAAUAGUACAGUUUAUCUCCAGGAAAGCCCGUUUAAUAGUCUCUCCCUUCAAGGGUACUGUAGAUUUGUUCACACCCUUCAACCAGAUACGCAUACUUAUCGCUAUUUGUUAAAGGAAGUACAGUAUAAUGGUACUCCACAGAGUAUACCUGAAAGUAUAGAAUCCACUCAUUCUGUAACGGUUGUCUAUCUCUGCCAUGAUAAAGGGAGGAAGAUACCUCUUAUGAUUUGUCUACUAAAAUACCCAGGAUAUUCUAGGUAUUUAAGGCAUUAUAUACACUAUUAUGUAAGAGAAGAUGGAUUAUUUUCAGAUAAAUGGAUACGUGAUAGUAAAGUAACUACUUACGGUAAAGUUCUCACUGAGAAACUUAAAGAAAUUGUUGGACGGUGCAACUAUCCAUCUAUUUUAAAUGCUGAAAAGGCCAGUGGAUCAUAUUGUAUAGACGGGGGAGAUGCAAAAGGCUUUAAACACUAUAGCAUUCCCAAAUUUUCCGUUAAAAAGUCUGAAAAUGAUCCUGUUCAGGGAUAUGUAAAAUAUACUCAUGUGCUUGGUAGUAGAUAUAAAUUCAGGAUUUUUUCUACAAUUCAUAAAAAUGAAUACCAGAAAUUCACUGAUAAAGAUUUUUAUAAAAGAGGACCAUUUGAAGAAGCUUCUUUUUACUACUGGGAGGGAGACAAAACUUAUCAGAAUCCUCUCCUUCUGGAGUUAGGAUGCAAAUCUACAAGCUAUAAAUCUUACUAUAUACUUGAAAAGGAUACAUGGAUAAAUAUUACUGUAUUUAAAAGUAUUUUUGAUGGAAAGGUACUUGUUGAUGUGCUUGACGCUGAAAACUGUAAGAAAAAUCAUGCGGUCGUUUUAGAUAUAUCUCAGACGUACGAAAACAACUUCUUGCGAUUUGACUAUCCAUGCUAUACAAAUAUAACUGUUACAAGACAUAAUGGAGGCUCAGCUUAUGAUGGAUAUCAUCACAGCUUAAAAGGAGGGCAUAAGAUUGGAAGGUUCGCAUACGGUUUGGAUUCUGCAACAUUAAAUCCUCUAGAGUUUCCACUGACAGAUACCUCAGUUUUUGUAUUUCAUUGCUGUAAUUGUGAAGAUAAGAAAUUAUCCCUCAUCUACCUUAAAAAUACUAAUAAGUUGUACAAAAAUAGUAAAGAAAAGCCCUACGAAUGGAAUAUACACAAUGAAACAAUAACCAGUGAGGAUGAUAAGGAUAGAAUUGAAAAGAUACUAAAAGAGGACGCUACUGCUAGUACUAAUACCACCAGUUCAUCUGCCAAGGAGGAAGACACGGUAAAUGGAGUGGAAAAGGACGAUGUACCAGCAUUUGAGGAUGAAUCUAAUCCCAAUGGACACAAUCCAAACCUAUGGCAUUUGUUAUGGUUAGUACCAAUUAUUAUUUUAAUCAUUUUAUUGAUUUUAUACUGUUAUUAUUAUUAUCUGCGUGAUCCAUGGGUCCGUCAGAUAUAG